UUUCUAUGAUUUCUGUGGAUUAGUAAGGUUAAGUUGAAAGUUUCCAGAUUUUUCCAAACAAUCCAAAGAAAAGAAAAAAGUUUUGCUACCCCUCAUUCGAUUUGCUUUCACAGCGAAAUAAUUUGUUUGCAAAUAUGCAUUCAUCGAAAGUUGUUCUGAGUUCUAGGUAUUUAUACCGUUUUAUUGGGUUCAAAAGAGUUCAGAGGAACAUACAUGCUUGCACUGCAAAGUCUAUUCUCUGUACCAGUACAACAACUGCUGAUUCAAUAAACAGCUUCAAAUUAGAUAAUACAUCACAGGUUAAAAUAUAUAAUCGUCCAUUUCUAUCCGAAUCCCACAAUAAGUAUUGUACGAUAGGUUCUUCAAAAAGAUUUCUAUCAACUCGAGGUUCAGAUGAAGAUGGUGUCGAUGAACAAAAUCCUCAAUUGCCAGCAACAGUUGCAGUACCAGAAGUUUGGCCGCAUGUGCCAGUCAUUGCAAUAAAUAAGAAUAUAGUUUUUCCAAGAUUUAUUAAACUUAUUGAAAUAACAAAUCCACAAUUGAUUGAAUUGAUUAGGAGAAAAGUAAAAUUGAAUCAACCGUAUUGUGGCAUUUUUCUUAAGAAGAGUGAGGAAAAUGAGGCUGAAGUAGUGAAUAAUUUGGAUGAUAUUUAUCAUAUUGGUGUAUUUGCGCAAAUACAUGAAAUGCAAGACCUUGGAGAUCGGCUUCGAAUGGUUGUUAUGGCACAUAGGAGGAUAAAAAUUACUGGUCAAAUUCUAGACAUUGAGGAAGAGCCUGUUAAAGAAAUGAAACUCACAUUUCCUUUAUUUAAAACAACCAUGAACGUUAUUCUAGAAGAAACAGAUGCUGAAAAGAGAAGAAGGAAACACAGAAAUAACAGACUUAAGAAAGGUUUGACUGAAACUAAGUCAUCUGAAGUUAAGGAAGUUCCUGUAGCAAAAGAUACAGAAAAAGAAACUGAACAGAAGAAUGAAAAAAAGGAUGAGGAUAAGGAGAAAAAACUUGAUGCACUGCUAAUGGCUGAAGUAGAAAAUGUAGUGCAUAAUAAAUUUAGGCAAACCGAGGAAGUUAACGCCUUAACUCAAGAAGUUAUUAAAACAAUAAGAGAUAUUAUAAGCUUGAAUCCACUAUACCGAGACAGUUUACAACAAAUGAUGCACCAAGGACAGAGAGUCGUUGACAAUCCGGUUUACUUGAGCGAUCUAGGAGCAGCUUUGACAGCUGCUGAAUCUAAAGAAUUACAAGAAGUAUUGGAAGAGAUGGAUAUUCCCAAACGAUUAAUGCUAUCACUUGCUUUAUUGAAAAAAGAAUUGGAAUUGUCGAAACUUCAACAGAAAAUUGGUAAAGAAGUCGAAGAAAAGGUUAAACAGCAACAUAGAAAAUAUAUUCUUCAUGAACAAUUGAAGGUUAUAAAGAAAGAGCUUGGCUUGGAAAAAGAAGACAAAGAUGCCAUUGGUGACAAAUUCAGGGAAAGAAUUAAAGAUAAAGUGGUUCCCCAAGCAGUAUCGUCUGUUAUUGAUGAAGAAUUAAGCAAACUAGGUUUCUUGGAAAGUCACAGUUCAGAAUUCAAUGUUACAAGGAACUAUUUAGACUGGUUAACCUCUCUACCAUGGGGUGUACAAAGCGAAGAAAACUUGAAUCUGCAACGUGCAACAGAAAUACUAGAUAAGGACCAUUAUGGAAUGGAAGAUAUCAAAAGAAGAAUAUUGGAAUUUAUUGCUGUGAGUCAGCUGAAAGGUUCAACACAAGGAAAGAUCUUAUGCUUCCAUGGCCCUCCAGGUGUUGGCAAAACUAGUAUUGCUAGAUCAAUAGCGAGAGCCUUGAAUCGUGAAUACUUCCGAUUUUCGGUUGGAGGAAUGACAGACGUGGCAGAAAUCAAAGGACACAGAAGAACUUAUGUGGGUGCGAUGCCUGGAAAGGUCAUUCAGUGCCUUAAAAAAACGAGAACGGAAAACCCUUUGGUUUUGAUUGAUGAAGUGGACAAAAUUGGCAAAGGUUAUCAAGGAGAUCCCAGCUCUGCUCUUCUAGAAAUGUUGGAUCCAGAACAGAAUGCAAAUUUCCUUGAUCAUUACCUUGAUGUUCCUGUUGACUUGUCCAAAGUCCUAUUUAUAUGUACUGCAAACGUUACUGACACAAUUCCUGAACCUUUACGUGACAGGAUGGAAAUGAUAGAUAUGUCCGGAUAUAUUGCUGAAGAAAAAUUAGCUAUUGCCAAAGAAUAUCUCCUGCCCCAAGCGAUCAAAGAUAGUGGGCUUAAAGAUGAUACAAUAACGUUAACGGAUGAUUCUUUGAAAACGUUAAUAAAAAAUUAUUGCAGGGAGUCUGGUGUUAGAAAUUUACAAAAGCAUAUAGAGAAAGUUGUUCGAAAAGUGGCUUAUAAAAUUGUGAAGGAAGAAACUGAAUCUGUAACUGUUACCCCUGAAAACUUGUUCGAGUUCGUGGGAAAACCUGUAUUUACUCAAGAUAGAAUGUAUGAUGUAACCCCUCCAGGUGUUGUAAUGGGAUUAGCUUGGACUGCAAUGGGUGGAUCAACAUUAUUCAUUGAGACAACAACUAGAAAAAUUCAAGAAAAAGAUACUGGUGAAGGAAGUAUGGAACUAACUGGACAUUUAGGAGAAGUGAUGAAAGAGUCUGCCAAAAUAGCACUUACUGUUGCUAGAAAUUUCCUGAAUAAAGUUGAUAAGGACAAUAAAUUCUUACAAACUAGUCAUCUACAUCUGCAUGUUCCCGAGGGUGCAACACCCAAAGAUGGGCCUAGCGCAGGUUGUACUAUCGUGACUGCUCUAGUCUCGUUGGCCCAAAAUAGGCCAAUCCGUCAAGAUGUCGCAAUGACUGGAGAAAUUUCUUUAAUGGGUAAAGUUUUACCAGUGGGUGGAAUCAAAGAAAAGACAAUCGCUGCAAAAAGAUCUGGAGUUAAGUGCAUUAUUUUGCCUGAUGAAAACAGGAAAGAUUUCAACGACUUGCCAAAGUUUAUAACUGAAGGACUGGAAGUACAUUUCGUGAAACAGUUCGAUGAAAUUUAUCAAAUAGUUUUUUAAACAGGAUGUUUGUAGAUGUAUUCGGAAGAAUUGUAUAUUGUGAGUUGUUUGAUUUAGCAAUUGUAGUAAAAUUGUUCUCUUUUAAUUACUACAUUGCACAUUCUCUUAAUAAAAGAAUGAGUUGUUUUAUAUUUAUUCAUAAUUUUGUAUUUUGUUUUAUAAAUAAAAUAUUUUGGAAUAACUGA